AUGACAGAAAAUGUAAGCUCAAGGAUGGACACCCCAACCAACAUUUCCUUGGUGGGCCCAGGGGACCCCAUAUCCCACUCUCUGGAGUACAAGACUGUGGCAGUGUUCCUGGUUCUGCUGGUCUGUGGACUUGGCAUUGUGGGUAAUAUCAUGGUGGUUCUCGUGGUCCUGACCACGCGACACAUGCGUACGCCCACCAACUGCUACCUGGUCAGCCUGGCCAUAGCGGACCUGACCGUGCUGGUGGCCGCUGGUCUGCCUAAUGUGUCAGACAGCCUGAUGGGCACCUGGGUGUUUGGGCAUGCUGGCUGCCUUGGCAUCACCUACCUCCAGUAUCUUGGCAUCAAUGUGUCCUCCUGCUCCAUCACAGCUUUCACUGUGGAGAGGUGAGUGCCACCUCAACUACCGUACCUCCUUCACACCUCAUCAAGUACAAGCCAUCUAUACAAAAAAAAAUCUGAAUAAUUUACUGUAUAAAUGUCUCUGUAGAACAACAUGCCAAAGUGUCUAUUGUUUGUGCUUCUCCAUUUCCAGGUACAUUGCUAUCUGCCACCCAAUGAGGGCCCAGACAGUGUGUACGUUGUCCCGGGCCAAGCGGAUCAUAGCAGGGGUGUGGUUGUUCACCUGUGUCUACUGCAUGCUGUGGUUCUUCCUGGUGGACAUCCAGGUAAUGAAGGACAGCACUAUCCAGUGUGGCUACAAGGUGUCCCGUGACCUCUACCUCCCCAUCUACCUCAUUGACUUUGCCAUCUUCUACGUGAUCCCUCUGCUCCUGGCCAUAGUCCUGUACGGCCUAAUUGCCCGCGUCCUGUACCUCAACCAACUCCCCAACCGGCCCGACGCAGGCACAGUCUUCGCUGGCGCCACCACGCUCCGCAGGAGCUGCAAGGAACCAGCAGACGAAGGGAAAGGGGGUCGUCAGGGCCGCCCGAAG